AAGUGGAAGCAUUUUUUGCUUUCUUUUCCCUCUUUAACUUGAGCAGCUACUUUGUAACAGCUCUGUCCAUUCCUUCUACUGCCGACAUUCGUUUGAUUUUCUUUUUCGUUACAACUUAUCGUGGUCGAUGGCGUCCAGCGGGGCAACGAGCGCUGUGGAGAGCGAGCGGGAGCUUCGGUCUCGGUUCUCAGACCAGUCGCUACGCGACAGACAAAGGGGAUUUGGCGGGGGGAAAAGAAAAGUUAUUGCGGCUACGGAACCGAAAAAGGAGAAGCAGUUGGACCCCAGAGGAGGCCCCCAAUUGAAGGAAUUGAACCCCUCAAUCAACAGUUCGAUCGGCAACAGCAGCAUUGGUACCGUCCCUCACGGCAACUCCCCUUCCAUUAACAAACACGGCGACGACGACCAGCUCAACGACGCCCUUGCCAAUGAGCUCGACUAUAUAACUGUCGUCGCCCCCAACGGCCAAUUCCCCUCUCACCAUUUCCGUGGCGAUAAGGCUUCUCGCAUCCUUGGUAUCAAGCAUCGCAGGAGCAUGGAACCCAUUCCUGCUUCUGCUCGCACCUCAAUCGUUUCCACUCGUUCUGCCCGUGAUGGCCUUCCUGCACCUUCCUUUACUCCUAGUUCUCCUCUCACUUCCCUCUAUGUAGUAUCAGGUCUUCCAAAGUCGCCUCAUACUUGGACUCUCGCUGACCCUGACUCGGUCCUUGGUCUCCAUCACAGCGAUGGUGCUGUCAGUCGUUGGUGGCGCCCAGAAGUCCUAGGCAGCACCGUCAGUCCAGGCGCUGGUGGAGGAAAGAAAAAGAAACGCGGUAAAAAUGAGGAAGUCAUGAAGGGAGCCGGUGCUCUCAGCAAACAGGAAGUCGGUAAAAUGCUUUCCAAGGCCCUCAAGCUCUCCUUUACUCGUGAAGUUGAGGUCAUUGCUUCUACACUUCAACCAGCGUCUACUAUUCACACCUUUACUUUUACUCUGCCUGCUCCAAGUACCCCUCUUGCCCCUUCUGCAUCUGGAGAACUUCUUCGCGCCUCUGUUCUUUCUUCGUCGGAAAAUCGCUCUUCAGCGGCCACUUUUUCAUAUCCCUACGCUGAUGACCCCUUUGUCCGCCCGUCGUCAAGCUAUCUUGGACCCCCGAGUCUUCUAGGUCAUGGUGCUCAUAAUCAAGCGGCUGCUUCGGUGACUGACUCUACCGCCAAGGGCAGUACAGUCGCCUAUCAUGGUGUCUGCCUUACGGUCUGGUCACACGCUGACGCUGAACGUAGUACAGCUAUCCGCCGCACUUUGGAGGCCGGACGUUCUCGUAAAGAGUCAGCACAGUCCCUUGUGGCUUCACGCAUUAAGAAUCUCAGAGCAGAUGCCGCUGGUCUUGGAGGAAGCGACGCUGAUCCCAGCGUCCAAGCUCGCAGAAGUGCCCGGAAAAGUGCUCGUGGCCCCUGGGCAGAUGCAGAUACCGAUGGGGAAACAGAGGGUGAAGGUGCCAUGAGUGAAAGUGACUUCGAAGUUGCUAGCACCGUCGGCCACGGACCGGGAGAAAGCACUCUGUUCCUUCCCGGAGAUACAGUGUUCUGGCUUCCUUAUGCACUCACUCUUGUCUCGCGACACCCAGUGUACGACUUGAUGCGCGACUAUCUCACUCUCUCGUGGGCUCGCUUUUCCAAGGAUGUACAAUCGCAUACAUUGCAGAUCUCUAAAAUCCUUGCUCACCCAGCCCCUCGUGCUGGCGAUCUCAUCAAGCUAGAUGCCAGCCCUCGUGGGGACAGCAGUGAGUCCAGCUUGGAGGUUAUUGCUCGAUUCCCAGGCGGAUUGGACUUUGGCCGAGGAUUAGUUGACAUCAAUUUCACCAUGUGGCCGUUGUUCAAGUGCCUUAACAUUGACAACAUUUUGACCAUCUGCGAGAUUGCUUUGGCCCCGACUGGCCGCAUCUUGUUCUUCUCUAGGCAUCCCGCCUUACUCGGGAUUGCUGUCCAUACUAUCAAAUAUCUAGUGGAACUCAGAGGAUGGAAUGGAAUAGCACUUCCUGCGGUCCAUUCUCGCGACGCCAAGAUCUACAUUGAUGAUCCCGGCCCGUGGAUCAUGGGUCUAGCGACAGAAGCAAGAUAUAGUGUCCGUCCUGCAUCUGAAGUCUGCGUCUGUGACUUGGACAUUAACUAUGUGAGUUGUCCUUUGCCCCCUGCUGGCGUUGUUUCCACGAAACAACAAAGGGAGAAGUAUAGGCAACGACUAUUGGCUGUAUUUGAGGCCCACUAUCAUCCGGAUCACUCAGUGCCCAGUGAGUUCAAGGAGGCAUUUCCGGCAGGCCGCUUCAGACCAGUUUGCAAGAUCCAAGCCAAACGCGGUGCCUCUUCCACCGCAGUUGCCGACCAAAUUAAACCUCCUGACUGGUGGCACUCGACGCGUAUCAUUCAAGCUUUUGACAGUGUGUUGCAGGAUAAGUACAAGAAACCAUCAUUUUUGAGAAGGAUCGGAAUGUUUGGGAGUGUCAGAAGACCCCCUCAGCUUACAGCAGCCGAACAACUUAUUCAGUUAUCCAUCCGCAAGCGUGCUACUGCCUUUGUUGAUGCACGCGAUGACCUGGAAACCAAGAUUGGUCGUCUAUCGCGCCGACUCAACUUCCUAAUGACUGAGUCUGAUUUAUGGAGGGAUAAAUUUGUCACUUUCGAGCAGUACGCAGAAAAAUUGAGCGCAGAGGCCAAUCAGCUCAGAGCCAAGAUCAACAAAGAGCAGAGAGAAACCAAACGACUGUCUGGACUGGUAACUCUGACGGCAGUUGAAAAGACCAAACUACAGAAUCAGCUGAAAGAGACGGAGAAUGCACACAAGGAGGCCAUGUUGGAGUUAGAGACAAUGAAGGAAACCAUGGACAAGAUGGAGCAAGAACGUACCGAGAUGAUUGCAGAGGUCGAGGCACAGAUCGAAAGGGCGUUGCUUUCCAUGGCUGUUGGAGUAGAAGAAUCGGACUACGGGAGCUCCCGUCCCAAUAGCCGUCCCAGCAGUCGCUUAUCUUCCUUCUCUACUCCGCGAUCUAGACGGACUAGUGACGCUGGAAAAACACGUCAUUUACGCUCAUUUGGGACGGAAUCAACACUGGCAGAAUCAUACGAGGAAGAUGGUGUGGAGCCCGUCGAGAAGGUCGAGCGCACGACAGGGACAAUCGAAGAAGGCGACGAAGAAGAGGCACCACUGUCACCCGCGCGGAAGAAACGGUUUUCUGCAACUGAGGUUGACGUCCCACAAGAUGGGAUGAAUGCUGUGGAUGAGGGAAUUAGCCAAAAAAGCGACAAGAUUGCUCAGAAGGUCUUGGAGAUACAACAGAAGCUUGAAACCGCUCUCGCUACUGAACGUCGCGCCGCUAAAUGGAGACGGCAAAUUUCGCAGGAGAGCGAGGAAGAGGUGUCGAUGUCGGAGUCUGCUCGUUCUCAGCCCUCAUCGAGUAAGAGGACAUACAACCAGACACCUACAAAACACAGGAAAAGGAGUAGUACCGCUUCGUCGAGCCAGACGAGUACGUAUACAGAAGAGGCUCCGAGGCCUACAACAUCACCUAUGCCGAAAUCACCCCGCCGUGCCCUAUUCAUCAAAACAUCAGAAACUGGCAGCGCCACGCCCACUCGCCGUUCAAUGUCGGAUGCGAGUCGUGACGAACAAAGCACCCCGGAGCCCGUUCCGAUUCGAAAAAUUUCCUCUGGAGCUUCAUUGAGUGCGACAAGGCCCUCCCAAGCCACGCCGACCACGCCAGCUCUCACCCCUGUUGUUGCUGGUGCUACCGAUGACUCCGACACUGAUUUCCAGAGCGCCUACUCGACCAGCCCUCGUGGGAGCUAUGGCAGCUUUGAAAGCAACCAGGGUCUUCCACAUAUCAAUGGCGACCAGGCUGUGGUUGGACUAGUUAACGAUAUGCCUGAUGAUUUCGGCAAGCCAGUUCCCGUUUUUUCCAAGCACCGAGAACGUAAUGACAGCACGGCCACUACCCAUGCUCAGCCGAAUUCGAGUCUUACUUUAAGUCAGGAUACAGAGUCAUCACAUUCGGAAGCUUCAGAAGAGCUGAACUAACUAAUAAAUAUACAAUACCCCUACACAUAUCUCCAUUGCUAACUAACUGUCCACCGACCUUUUUGUCUGUUUUGGAUCCAUAUUAUUUUAUUAUAUAUAUUUGCAAGCGUGUACACAAUUGGUUUCUGGUAGUGAAUACUAUACAGUUCAUGUUCUAUCCAUUAAAGU